AUGGGCCGUGCUCGAGAAAUAACCACCCCCGUCGAGGCCGCCCGGGCGUCGCCGCCGUGGCAGGGGGAGGCGGCGGACGAGGCUCGGUCCCCCCCCCGGGCCGGGGGUCUGCUGGGCCAGCUGCGGGACGACCACGGCGACCCCCUGCCGUCCCCCCGCUCCCUGGCCUGCGGGCACGGCCGGCGCUUCCUCGACGACCCCGACGCCCCUCCCUCGCCCCCCAGCUCGCACUCCUUCGUGAGGCGGCGGAGUUGGUCGGUGGGCUCGUGCGAAGACCUGCGGGAGGACCCGUCGCCCGCCCAGCUGACCCGCAGGAUCCAGGGCCUCAAGGAGAAGAUCAGACGGUUCGAGGACCAGUUCGAGGAAGAGCGGAAAUACAGGCCGGCCCACAGCGACAAGGCGGCCCACCCCGACGUCCUCCGCUGGACCCACGAGCUCGCCAAGUGCCGGAAGCAGCUGAAAGACUCCAGGCUGCGGCUGUCGGAGGAGGACUGGGCCCCGGCCCCGAUGCGUCGGCGCAGCCACACGCUCCCCCGGAGCUUCGGGUCGCAGCUGGAGCGGACGGCGGCCGGGACGGCCGGGACGGCGGGGGAGGGCACGGCCCGGGGGCCCGAGGCGGCGGACGGGCCCGGCCGGCCGGCUCCGGGGCCCGCCCUCUCCCCGCUCCGGACGCCGCCGCGGGACGCGACCGGCCGUUCCCGGGAUGCCCAGGACGUGAGCCGGAAGCAGACGGCGGCAGAGAAGGCGACUCUCCGGAGAGGCCCGCUGUGCUCCGAGGGCGUCCUGGGCCGGCCGGGGACGGAGACGGAGCGUCCGCCCCCGAGGCCGCCGAGCGACCGUUACCGCGGAGUCAAGCGCAUCUCGCCCCGGCCCGACCCCGUCCCGGUCCUGGGGUCUCCCGCCGGCAAGCCCAGAAGCCCCCUGCUGCAGCCCAUCAUCGAAGGGGAAACGGCUUUCUUCUUCAAGGAGACGGAGGAGGAGGAAGCGGAGGAGGAGGAGGGCGAGGAGGAGGAGGAGGAGGAGGAGGAGGAAGAGGAGAGCAAGGAGACCCCGGAGGUCACCGUCCCCGCGACCCCGGACCGGCCGGAGGGCCGGGUGGACGACGGGGUCCCCGCUGCGGACGAGAGGGCGUCCCCGAGAGGCGGCGGCCGGGACCGGCGCCUGUCCAACCUGCACGCGGCCCCCGUGUACGCCACCGACGGGGCCCCCCCGCACGGUGCCGGGCCCGAGCUCCUGGAACAGCUGCAGGAAGCGCGAGAAGAGAAGAGGAGGGUCCGGAAGAAACUGCGAGACUUCGAGGAUCUCUUCUUCAGACGGAACGGAAGGACGGUCCAGAGGGAGGACCGCGGCCCCGCGGGCCGGGACUAUGACCGCUACAAGCACCUCAAGGCCGAGCUCAAGCUGCUGGAGGCCCUCGUCACCAAGAGAGGCCUGGGAGCCCAGGGCCCGUGACCGCGGACCCGCCGACGCGCGCGGACGCGACCCGGGGGGACC